CAUAGAUCUAGACUUUUUAUUCUACAUCAUAUCUUGCAAUAAGUUUGCUGCUAAAUACAUAUAUAUUACUCAUUAAUAUGCAAGUAAAUUAAAGGGUUUUUAAUGUUAAAAUAAUGGCCUCUUUUACACAUGAUUAUUAUUUAGGUACUUAAACAGUUUUAAUGAUUUUAGACUAUUUUACUUAUGGUCUAUCUGCUUUUCUCAAUCUUUGAAACGGCUAUCAAAUUUAAUAAUCAAUAUUUCGGUUUUUAAAAUGGUUCAUUCAUCCCAAAAACUCGUCAAACCAACGCCAAAAAGGUCGUAGCAGCGGCCGUGACUCGGGCCGUGUGAAAUUAAUCUGCUUCGGCCGAUUUUGCAAUAAUUGGCAAAAUUAGGACAUUGUCGGCGCGCAGCAGCCUCGUCUGUGGCGGGCUAUUUGCCUGAAAGCCGCCCUGGCUCACUGUCGAGUGUCGCUAUGACUCGGAUACCCCGCGUGUGGAUCUGGGGCCUGCUGGUGUUCUGCUUUACUGUUGUUGACCUACAAGAAGCAACAGAAGGAGAAUGCUGUUCAGACGCCCAGGAGACUCCAAACGAGCAAGAGCUCCAGGAUGUAGAGUUAGAAGCCGCUUGCCCCGAGCUCAGUGGACAGAUCAUCGGCGGAAGACCUAGCUCGGUGAACCGGCAUCCGUACCAGGUGUCUAUGGUGCUGAACGGGAACUCCUUCUGUGGUGGAUUUAUCAUCAGCCGGGACUAUGUGUUAACCGCUGCUCAUUGCGUGCAGAACGUCUCGCCUACUGGUGUCCGCCUUAGGGUUGGUAGCACCCGCCGUGACUCUGGUGGGAGGAUAGUCCGCGUCUCCAACGUGACUGUCCAUGCGCAGUACGGCCAGCCCCAGUUCGACAACGACAUCGCCGCCCUCAGGCUUGUCCAGCCUCUGACCUUCAACACCAACAUCAGGCCGAUAAGGCUCCCUCAGAGAGGACAGGCCGUGCCUCUCGUGAGGCUCACUGUUACCGGCUGGGGUCUUACUGCACCCCGAGGUCGUCGCAUCCCUCGCACUAUGAUGGAAGCGCAGGUGCCGGUGGUGCCGCAUUGGCUUUGCCGCCUCUCGUACGGAGACGCGCUCACCACCAACAUGUUCUGUGGGGGACACUUCCUCAUUGGCGGAGUGUCUUCUUGUCAGGGUGACUCUGGUGGUCCCGCGGUGUUCCGAGGCACCGCCUUCGGCAUUGUGUCUUUCGCAAGAGGCUGUGCCUUACCACUCUCACCCACCGUGUUCACCAACACAGCAGCUCUCAGGGACUGGAUAACUGACAACACCGGAGUUUGAGAUCAACCUGACACUGCAGAUGAAAAUGAAUCUUAACAUAUAAAUGCUAGGUGUAGUUUAGCAGUUAUCUGAUUCAAAAGAAGCCAUAGUAAUAAAUUAGGUUUGGGUAGAAUAACCUUUUCAUGAAAUUAUAUUAGUAUUUACUUAUAUACUCAGAAAACAACAGAAUAUACAAAAUAAAGCAUGACUAUAAAAUAAAAUUUGCGUAAAACUUUGGCAUUUAUAUGUAUUUAAGACAUAUUUAUUGUAUAUACAUUUAAAUAAUUGACUGAUUGUUUUUAUUCAGUAAUAAAUAUGUAUAGAUCCUUGGAAGAAAGUUUAUGAAGGCAAGAUUGUUAUUUUAAUAUUUUUUUGGAAAAAAAAAUGAUAACUUCAAAAUAUUAAUUGUUUAUAACU